CAACGCCAAAGAAAAAAAGAAGAAGCUGAUCAAAUAGUGUCAGAGUAGGAGAAAUUUCUGGAAAGUUGAAGAAAGAACGAGAACGAUUCUUGAGGAAUCAUUCAUAAAUUAUUGACUUUUUUCGUAUAGUUAUUGUCCAGUGAAUAUGGAUCAGGUCGCCGCACUUAAAGAUAAAGGAAAUGCAGCUCUCGCAGCCGACAAAAUAGAAGAGGCCGUCAAGCAUUAUACAGAAGCUAUCAAAUUAGAUCCUGAUAAUGCUGUUCUAUAUUCGAAUAGGUCUGCAGCAUACGCUAAAGGCGACCAGUAUGAACUUUCUUUAAAAGACGCCGAUAAGGCUAUAGAAAUCAAACCGGACUGGCCUAAGGGAUAUUCUAGGAGAGCUACAGCUUUAAUUUAUCUUGACAGACUGGACGAAGCCUUAGCGACUUACGAAAGAGGUUUGGAAAUGGAUCCGAGCAGUGUCCUGUUGCGAGAUGGUCUAGAAGAGGUGAAAAAGCGGAAAAUCCACAAAAACAGAUCGUUCCCCAAUCCAUUUAGUGGGCCAGACGUUAUACCAAAGCUUAAGCUCGAUCCCCGGACUAGGGACUACCUUAAUGAUCCUAGUUAUCGAGCUUUGCUUGAUGAACUUCAGUCGAAUCCUCAGUCAUUGGGAAGUAAACUGCAAGAUCCCAGGGUUUUGACUACUUUGAGUGUUUUAAUGGGUAUCGAUCCAGGUAUGGAUGAACCGAUGGACACUUCAGAACCAACUUAUACCCCCCCUCCAAAAAAACCGCAACCAAAACCUGAACCUAAGAAAGAGCCCGAGCCAGACCUACCAGAAAACAAGAGGCUAGCCAAGGCGGAGAAAGAGAAAGGAAACGACUUCUACAAGAAAAAGGAUUUCGAUAACGCCAUCGUCCACUACACCAAAGCCAUAGAGCACGACCCCACAGAUAUAACCUUCUACAACAAUCUAGCUGCCGUAUAUUUCGAACAAAAAGAAUACGAGAAAUGCAUAAAAGAGUGUGAGAAAGGUAUCGAAAUCGGCAGAGAGAACAGAGCUGACUUUAAAUUGAUCGCCAAAUCUUUCAUGAGGAUCGGGAACGCUUAUAAAAAGCUGAAAGACUAUAAAACUGCCAAGAUCUUCUUUGAGAAGAGCAUGUCCGAGCACAGGACGCCUGAAAUCAAAACGUUGCUGUCGAACGUUGAGAAAGUUAUCAAAGAGGAGGAAAUUAAAUCUUACGUUAAUCCCGAGUUGGCGGAACAGGAGAAACAGAUCGGCAACGAGUUAUUCAAGAAAGGGGACUACGCCACUGCCGUGAAGCACUACACGGAAGCUAUAAAGCGCAACCCGGAAGACGCGAAACUCUACAGCAACCGUGCCGCUUGCUAUACCAAACUAGCCGCCUUCGACUUAGGACUGAAAGACUGUGAUAAAUGCGUCGAGCUGGACCCGAAAUUCAUCAAAGGCUGGAUUCGCAAGGGACACAUUCUGCAGGGUAUGCAGCAAGCCAGCAAAGCCAUCGUCGCCUUCCAGAAGGCUCUCGACUUGGACCCCAGCAACGCAGAGGCUCUUCAGGGCUACAGGGCUUGCACAAUAGAGAAUGCGAACCUUGACGGAGACCCGGAGAAGAUCAGGCAGCGCGCGAUGGCCGAUCCCGAGGUGCAGGCCAUACUCAGGGACCCAGCGAUGAGGAUGAUCUUGGAGCAGAUGCAGAAUGACCCGAGGGCUCUGCAAGACCAUUUGAAGAAUCCUGACAUUGCUGCCAAGAUACAGAAACUGCUGGAGUCCGGGCUGAUCGCUAUACGUUGAGCUGACUAGCAUUCAAUUUUAUUAUUUCGAUACACAUGAGAUAUUGAAUAGAAUUCCAAUUUUUGUAUUUAGGUGCAAAUUAUAUCGAUUAAAGUGAGUUCCCGAGAUA